AUGGUGCCCAGACUUCAAAAACACCCUUGCACUUCCCAGUUUGAUACCAUGGAGCGGUUAAAAGGGUGCAGCGUGCAGAGCGCGCCCACGUCGGCCCCCUCGCCUGCGUCUCUGCCGGCGAAGAGCGCCCCGCCGCCCGCCGUCGGGACCGACUCUCCACAGACGCCCGCCGCGGCCGCGGCCCCGGCCCCGGCCCCGACGUCGCCGCUUCCCAACACCACUUCCGUCGAGCCCCGGGGAGAGAAGACCACCGGAACGGCUCCCAGCUGGGAAGGCACAGACACAGCCCCGGCUCCUCCCGGGUUCCCGCCAACGAGCGGCGGGGUCCCCCUGACAGUCACGCCCGGGGAACGCGGCGCGGACGCGAGCGAAGCGAGCGCGCCGCCCACAGCGUCGCAGCCCCCGGCCGAGCCUCCCGCGCCCACCUCCCCUCCGGCUCCAGCCUCGCCGCCCGCAUCCCUGCCGCCCUCGCCACCUGACGCUUCCUCCGCGCCCGUCACCGCCAACCACAGCUCCCCCGCGACCGGCACGCAGCCCACCGGAGCGCCGACCGCACCGGGGCCCCCGACAGAGGAGCCCAGCUCUGGCCACAGCCCCGCUGCGCACACCGCGGUGGAGCCGGGGCCCCAGGAGAGGACGCCCCCAGCGACCGCGUCGGGCAAGGCGAUGUGCGAGCCGAUGGACGCGGAGACCACCACCGCCUUCCCCAGGGCGAUCGUGCAGGAAGUGGAGCAUGCGCUGAGUUCAGGCAGCAUCGCCGCCAUUACCGUGACAGUCAUCGCCGUGGUGUUGCUGGUGUUUGGAGUCGCGGCGUACCUGAAGAUCAGGCACUCCUCCUACGGAAGGCUUUUGGAUGACCACGACUACGGGUCCUGGGGAAACUACAACAACCCUCUGUACGACGACUCCUAACACAGGAACACGGCCUGGGAUGAGGAGUGACUGUUCUUUAUUUAUGAGUGCUUAUCCAGUAGAAUUUAUAACACGUACCUGAUGCACAUGGAACGACAAUCUUAAGCCCUGUUUCGUUGGUAUGGUUGUUUCUGUUUUCCUUCCUCUCCUCUAGCUGCUACAACUUCCCCUUUCCGGUACAAAAAGAACCAUUAUUUAAAGGUGAGUAGGGGCUGAUUUUCAGCUGAAAUGGGCCAGCCUUGCUCCGGCCACACCAGACCACGACGGUGCAGGCUGCCGCCCCCACCGCAGGACCCAGCGCAAGAAGGACCCAGGAAGCGCACUUGGGUUGUUUUGUUGGGGUUGACUUUCAGGGGAACUUUUUGUUUGUGGUAUUUCUUAAACUCCUAUUCGGGAAAUCACAUGAAAUAUCAAUGAGGGGAAAGGAAAUGAGUCCUCCUCGGAGGGUUUCACCCUGCACGGGAGGGAGCAGGGGUUUCUCGGAUUCCUUUUUAAUCCCUGUUUAUCGGGUUGUAGCUGACAGGAUGCCUGCUUGGCUCUACAAGCCUGACAGCAGCUCCUUAGCGGCCUAACUAAUGAAAGGUGGAAACAGGAAGUGCCCUCGUGUGGCAGGUCCCCCGGGAUCUGAGCAUGCGCUCUACCUGCCCUCCCGCCCCGGCCGCCUGCGUCCGCACGGGCUGCCGGCUCCGGGCAAGUGCAGCGGGGACCCCAGCCCACGAGCGAUGGCAGAGUUGCAUUUCCACAGGAGAAGGCUGUGAGAUGCGCUGAGUGAUAGAAACGGAGAGGCAUGUGGAGCUGUGGAGUGAGCGCGCAGGUGUGUGGGGUUGGGAGAGAGACGGGUGGGGGGAAGAAGGAUGCUCACCUGCAUUGAGUAUCGCGUUAGGGCAAGUGGAAAUAGCUGUCGACAACAGCCGGCAACAUCCACUGCUUAGAGGAGCCCAGAAAAUCCUUGCUUUACACCCAUGAAGCGACUGGUCCACUGCCUCACUCUCUGUUGGAUAAUGGCUGUAAACUGUUAAAAAAA